CAAAAUUUUUAGUAUAAGAUUUGUCACUAUCGUCAAGAUAAAGAAAUAGAAUAGUACAUAAAUGUCUUGAUAAUUUGCUUUGUCGAAUGCACGAAUGGAGAUUCUGCAACGUCAUCUAGUUAUUUACAUUCACGAUGCGAUCUGUGUCUAAACAUCGAAUAAAGUGAGAACGGCUAAUUACGAAUUAUGGUAAUGCAGCGGGUAGAAUGUCUAUCGUAUACCUACAAAUCUCAUGUCGAAUCUGAAUCAUCAUACACCAUCCGAGGAGGCCACACUGCUAACCCGGGGUUAUAAGUUUGGGAGGAAGCUCGGCGAAGGUUGUUAUGCAAAAGUGUAUUUAGCUGAAUAUAAGCCGGAACAUGAGUCGGAAACGAGUAAUAACUUUCUGGCUUGUAAAGUAAUCGACACUGCUAAUAUAGCAAAAGACUUUGUUCAGAAGUUCCUGCCACGUGAGCUGGACAUUCUGGUGAAACUGAAUCAUCCACAUGUCGUGCACAUUCACAGUAUCUUCCAAAGGCGCACCAAGUACUUUAUAUUCAUGCGCUUUGCUGAAAACGGCGAUCUUUUUAAUUUUAUACUGAAAAACGGCAGAGUAUCGGAGAGUCAAGCUCGCGUGUGGUUCAGACAACUUGCUUUAGGUCUUCAAUAUCUACACGAGAUGGAAAUAGCUCAUCGCGACAUUAAAUGCGAAAACGUUCUUAUCACAUCAAAUUACAACGUUAAACUAACGGACUUUGGUUUUGCUCGAUACAUGAUUGACAGCCAUGGCAAACGCGUUCUGAGCGAUACGUAUUGCGGUUCGCUGUCGUACGCGGCGCCGGAGAUCCUCCGUGGUUACCCGUACAAUCCAAAGUUAUCCGAUAUAUGGGCACUGGGCGUGAUUCUCUACAUAAUGUUGAACAAAUCCAUGCCAUUCGACGAGGAGAAUCUAAAGCGCCUAUACGAGCUGCAAAUAUCGCGCAAAUGGAAAUUCCGCAGCAAAGUAAUCGACAGUCUAACCGAUCGUGUGAAGAAGCUUGUAGGCAAUUUGCUCGAGCCGGACGUAUCUAAACGCCCUCAUACGGAUCAGAUUGUACAGAGCGAAUGGAUCGCCAUGGAUCCGCGCCUUCUGAUGCUUUCUCCCGCGGAACAAAUCGCGCUUAAUAAUGCGAUGGAGGAACGCAAGAGGUUCGAGGAGAAAUUUAUGAAGAAGGAAACGGUACGGGCGGAGAUAGUCCCAAUCGUACAAUCGUUGCUCUUAGACAUUCUUUAUAAGUCUAAAUGCCUCUUAGUAUCGUUUCCGUCGUACAUCGUAAUGAUGAUGCGUAGAAUAUUGCAUCCAUUUGGUGUACACGCGCAUUCGAUUGCGAGACUACCUUGAAUAAUUUUGCAAUAUGUGCACUCCGAGCGAAUCAAUUUUUUUACAUUUCGUAGAAAAAAAAUCUAUAACUAAAGAGAACACGCAUAACGCAAGUGAUGUCACAAAAUUACGAAUGACCGAUUUUCAGAAACGACAUAAAAUCGAGGAAACAAAAAUGAAUAACGAGAACAAAUCCAACAAAAGAGAAGAAAUAAUGAUCCUUAAAGAAGUUGAAGAAGUACGUGUCGUUACAAUUAAUUAUAUGUUAAGGUAAUAUUAAACGGUAAAACUUUCUUAUCUCUUUCUUAGGGGACUGCUACAACUUCCAUAAUUAUG